AACAAAUUAAAAAAAAAAUCUCUCUAUAAAAUCUCGCUGAUCACUUGCUUCUUCUUACUCUCUCCCUACUCUCUCUGUUCUUCCCAGUGCCGCCAGGGCACUGUUUCUCUCAAUUCUAGAUGACUACGCACUCAGACCCUUCUGCUUCUGACCCCCAAAUGAUUGGGAAUGCCUUUGUGAAGCAGUUCUACACUAUUCUUCAUAAGGAACCAGCACAGGCUUAUAAGUUUUAUCUGGACUUGAGUGUGUUAAGCCGCCCUGGUCCUGAUGGUGUGAUGAAGACUGUGACUAGCCUUAAAGAGAUAAACGAGUUGCUUCUCUCAUUGGACUACCAGAGUUAUAGGGCUGAGAUAUCUUUCGCUGAUGCUCAAUUUUCAUAUGCAAACGGUCUGAUUGUAUUAGUUACUGGCUUUUUGAUUGGAAAGAAUGAUGUGAGGAGGAAAUUUACACAGUCAUUCUUUCUAGCUCCACAAGAGGGAGGCUAUUAUGUCUCAAAUGAUGUUUUUAGGUAUGUUGAUGACAAUGAACAAGUGGGUGUGGCAAAUAAUGAUGUCGAUGAGAGCACUCAAGCUGCUUUGUCCCCAGAACCUGAGCUAACUCACGUGCCAAAGAAUGCAGUGGCAAAUCACACUACUGUUCCUUCAGAUAAUAGUGGUAACAGUAGCAAAGAAGUCAGUCAUCCACUGGAGAACGGCAAGGUUUCUGUUUCGGAGAAUGAGGUUGUUGCUGAGCAGAUAGUGUCUUCAAGUGAAGAAAGUCAGUAUGAUUCUCAUCCUGCCAGUCAGACUGCUUCCCCUAAAAUUCAGGAUGAUGCUCCAAAGAAGUCGUAUCUAUCUGUUGUACAUGCAUUGACAAAGAAUUCUGCUCCAUUUAUUGUGAGAGCUCCACCUCCAAAACCUAAACCAAUGGAGCAGUCACGUAGAGCUGCAGCACCUGAGGCAUCUGCUCCUAAGAGCAAUAAGGCCUUGGAAAAGAACAAUGACGUUUCAGGCACGAAUACUUCUAUAUUUGUUGCAAACUUGCCCAUGAAUGCAACAGAGGAAUUGCUUGGCGAGAUUUUCACAAAAUUUGGACCAAUUAAACCCAAUGGUAUUCAAGUCAGAAGCUUUAAGGACAACAAAAACUGCUUUGGCUUUGUAGAAUUUGAAUCUGCUACUUCCGUGCAAAGUGCUGUUAUGGCUUCUCCUAUUACAAUUGGCAACAGAAAAGCUAAUAUUGAGGAAAAACGAGGAUCCAAUAAUGGUGUGAAACCAGGUCGAGGUGCUUAUAGAGAUGAAAAUGGUUACCAAAAUGACAACUUCAGGGGCCGCAGGAACUUCAGUGGUGGCCGUAACUUUGGAAAAACUGAAAGGGGCGAGUUCUCAGGUCAAACUCGUGGCAGUGCUGGGCGAAAUGGAGAUACUAACAGGAAAAUUUAUCAAAACGGGGGUCAAAGAGUUGCUCACCAGACUCAAACUGACAGUUAAGGGAUUGGAUUAGCAGGAGUUAUCCUAGCAAUGGGCUCAUCAGCCUGAUGAAAGUAUGGAUACCCUCCCAUCAGUGCUGUGGGAAAUUGAUACACCCUUUGAGACGCUUGGAGCAGAUCAAACCCUGCCGGAUACAUCAUCAGAUUGUUAUUAUCCUAGUUCCUAUUGACUUCCACGGUUGGCAGGCUCUUCUACUACUACUCUACAUAACUGUUUCUAGAUUACUCUUAUGAAUAGUAACUGUUUCUCGUCUCAUAAAUUUUACUUUUCCUUUUUCCAUAUUAAAACUCGAAAAUCUCUAAAUACAAUUUCUGAUUUCCUAA